AUGGCUAAGCCACUCCGAGUACUCACCUGGAACGCAGGGCACUUAGGACAACAGCAGUGGGCCGAGCUUCGCACGUGGCUUCGCACGGCAGCAGACAAAUAUGAUGUUAUUGCCCUGCAGGAGACACACUGGCAGGAAACCACCGAAUUUGAGGUGGAGGGCUGGCACUGUGUUAGCUCUGCCAGCAAAGGACAGGCGAAGGCCACCCGGGUUAAGAAAAAGCCAAAUCCGAGCACAGAAGGAACGGGACUGGCACUGCCAGACGCCCAAUCUCAUGCCCUGCAUGACGACAAGCGAGCAGAUGGAGUGAUGGUCCUGACUGCCCCGCACAUUCCAAAAGACACGGUCAGAUGGAAAGAGCAUCAGAAGGGACGUGUCCUCGAGAUAGUCUUUCAGUGGAAGGGAGCUCGAGCACACGUUGUGACAGUAUACCAGCACGUAUGGUCGACCUCAAAAACUGCACAGAAAAACAGAGAAGACAGAUCUACCACCCUCGCUGCUCUGUCUCGUGCCAUCCGAGGUACACCGCAGAGAGACACCCUGAUAGUGCUGGGCGACUUCAACUCGACAUUACAGUCGAGCCCAGGAGCGGUAGGCAUGUGCACUCCAGGACCUCCUCCACAUCGAAAGACCGAAGACGAAUACUUUCAACGGCUGGUUCAGGGACAUGGAUUAGUUGCGCUGAACACCUGGUCUUCAGGGAAAGGAUUCACUUUCCGAACAGCCACAACGCAAUCUCAAUUGGAUUACAUCCUAGUCCCGAAGACUAUCUCCCGAGGUGAUGCUAAGAAGAGCAAGCCAAUCGACAAUUUUCCGCUAGGGAAAUGGAAGAAGGGUGGCCAUCUCCCCGUGGAGUGGGUCGCUGACCAGCUUCAGCAGCUGACUCCUCCGGACAUGAAUGCGGUCAAUGACAUCCUCAUACGUGCAGACCACGAGGUGUUGGUCAAGGACCUGGCGACUUGGCAUAAGCAGGCAGUAUCACUGGCAAAGAAGCAAAGAGUAGCCGACUUCACAAAGGAGGUGGAUCACUCAGCCAAUACGGGAGACUCUUACUUGAGCCACAAAACCCUGAAAGCUCUCCGACCCUGGCAACCGCAGCCGAAAACACAGCUGGUGAACCAGGACGGUUACUUAAUGGCAGCCGAGGAGGAACUCCUGCUAAUGAAAGAUCAUGCUAAGGCGGUGUUUCAGAGGCAUGACAGGUUAGAUGUGCUGGUGAAUGCACUGCCACAGCUGCAGGCUCCAGCAUUGGCCAAGCACAUAGGAGACGUGCUCCAGCAAUACUGCCAGGACCUCAUGGACACCCUGCAGGAGGCCAACGUCCCAAUCGCGGUGCAGAACUUAGUGGCGUCUUUGCACACAGACAGCCGCUACAAAUUGGAUACCCCGUCAGAGACGGGCGAAGCUCCGAUGGGAGAGCAUGGUGGUGAUUCUGUGGAUGAGCUUUUUGCUCAGGCGUUGGAUGGUCUGACGUUUGGGGCCAAUGUUACUGAUGCAGCUGGUGGAGGCAAUGGUACAGGCGUUGCCACUUCGGCUACAUUGGAGGACAAUGGGUCUGGUACAGUUUCUGGACCUACAAUAUCAUCUUCUCAGGUGGAUGGGAAUGGUGAUACCCUUACGACAGUUGCUCCUGGUACCACAGCUGGUGCAGUGAUUUCCACAGGGUUGGGUGAUGGGCCCUCAACAGUUCCUGAUACAGCGGUUGCACAAUCGGUCAGUGGUCCUGGUCCAUCAGCCAGUGGAAAUGUGCUGCCGGCGCCAGAAGGUAUCAUAGCAGCUACAAGUACAAGCACAGAGGUUUUUCAGCAAAGUACCGGGCCAUCAACAGUUCCUGGUACAGCGGUGGCACAAUCGGUCAGUGGUCCUGGUCCAUCAGCCCAUAUUGGUUUUACCAACGUGCCGUUUCCUGGAGGUCAUUUUGACAGUGGAACAGGCGAGCAACACUUGACUGGGCAGAUGACACACUGGACUCCAAAUAACGCUGCAGUGCAAAACAACAAUCCUGGACUGGCGUUUAACACCUACGAGCAGAUCCGAGCUUUGGGACAGCCGCUACAUCGACCUGAACCAGCCCCUACACAAACAGAUUGGAUGGGCCCGAUGAGACAGAUGCUGGGAGAUUUGCUGCAACCUUUAACUUCGAGGUUGGAUGUGUUGGAGCAGGAUAGACAAUCUUCUCAGUCAUCGGCAUUGGGAGCAGUGGAUCAAGCGGCUUUAGCAAGAAUGUUUGCUGGUUUAAAUCUGGAAAGACAGGACUCUGCGGGUUCCCAGGCCCAGGCUGCUUUGGGGGAUCUCCAACCUAGAUCGUCCGAUUCGAUGCGGUCGGCUAGGUCUCAUCCUUCGCAGGAGCUGGGUGAACAGGAGACUGGAACUCGUACACCAGUCGCGGUGACAGAAGGACCGGAGCAGUACAUGAUUGCCACGCCUCCUGGUUUGGGACAGCCUGCAGUGUGGCCAAUGUUUCUUUGGAUGAAAGGGAUCGUGAGUUGGUAG